ACAGAGGGACAUCCACAACCGAACGUAUCGGCGGUACUCCAGGCAGUCACAGCCAGCAACAGGUAUUCUCAAGUUUUCUGGAUACGUCUUAAUCUAACGAUUAUUACGUCACACUUUUAAAAUAGGACUGUGUUUACAAUUCCAUCCUGGAAUGGACAAGCCAUUGCUCUGCUCACAUAGCCGUUGUUUGGACGAUCGCUUAGUACCUUGUUGAAUGUGUAUCACGCAUCUGAUUGAUUUCCCUGUGGUGGAACUAAAGUCAUUUUUGGACUAGUGACAAAGGGGUCAAAGGUUACGUCGAAUGAAACCCAACGUCCACUCGCUCCCGCAUUGUGGGGGAAUACGCCCAAGGUCAAAGUUCAUAGGAUGAUGAAUGGCGCUCCUUUUGUAACCAACAUGCAUUGAAAGCCCCGAAGUCACUCUCUAUGUUUAUUGCACGUGUUGCGAGCUGCUGUGUACAUGUUACACGAGAGCACAGCUCUGUUACUUACAUCCUGGAUGAAGACUUACAGAACUGUUCAAAGGGGAGAAAAAAACUGGCGAGACCAAAUUCCAUGUGCCCGUGCAUACCAAAUGACGAGUUUUCAACCUCAACUGUGAAAUGGAACUUAAUGGGUGUUUUUAUAAUCGGAUAUAUUUCAAAUUAUCAGUGGAAUAUUUGUGUUGUGUACAGUCAGUAUCUGGGUGAUUCACUAGCAGGGUUUAUGGCAUGGAUUACAUAUCACAUAAGCGGUCGUAGUACCUAAGGCGGACCGACAGGGAGGGUACACCUCUGUUUAGGUGGGGUGUACCGGCCGGACAGCCUCUAUAGGGCAGACUAAUUGUGUAGAGAAGAUGAGAAGAUUUCCUGUGUUAAAGGUGUAUUGCCUUUGAGCGUAGUGACUGGUAAUUUGUUACAUUCUUGUCACGGCGUGACCGAUACCAUCAACCCCGUGGCGCUGUCAUGGAUGCAGCUCCAUAUGAUAACGUGGAAUUCCCGAUUCGGAGGCCCCUUGGUACCCCCGCCACGUGGCCAGGCUCUGAUCAUGUCAUCAUGUCCAUUAAAUCUCCAAGUCCGAAGACAGUCAAACCUAAAACGGAGUCAAAACUGUCACCCGUCCUGGAGGGGGAUGGGAAUGAGUUCGUUGAGGAACAAGCAGAACUGCCGUCCGUACAGGAUCAACGCCAGGUGGCGCAGAUGACCAAUUUGCGCGGCAAAAAGGAAACGGAAAUAACAGUAAACAAAGGUGUAGCACUUGUCAACUCCAAUCAGGUGAGUCGGCCGCCUUCAACACUAAAGACUAUCACCACUUCCUCACCCGCCAGCACCUCCGAGACCCAUACAUUGGUACCGUUCGGCGCGAAGACGACGAUAGCGACCACAACGUCAACGGCGACCACAACGCCCUCUACGAUAUUCCCGCCCACAACUAUGGACAGCAAUGGGAAGAUCGGAUUUGUGAUCGUGGACGAACCCCGGCCCUUUAACCAGGACUUCUCUCGUCUAGACCUGAAUCCUUCAUCUCAACAGGUGUUGGAGCGGGCGUAUACCAAACAGCGAAAGUUCUACCGACUGAACGACUGUCUCCUGACACAGGGAGAAGAUAUGAGGCAAGAUGUGUGGCAGGCCAAAGGUCGUCCGGGGGAGCUACUCACGUACGAACAGCUUCUACAAGGAAUGCUGGAGGAGGGCGAGGUAUUGGUUCUGGGAGGGGCAUGGCUCUAUUUCACUCACCUUGACUUCCUGGACAAGGAGGGGAAAUCCAAGGUCAAACCCUCCGUAGGCAAGGGUCGGAUAUGUCUCACGGACCGGAAGCUGCUCAUCUUGUCAGCGGAAGCUAAUGAAGACGCUACACUGUCGGAGUUUGGAGACGAGAGCUCUGCUACAACGAGUGGUUAUAAGCUGGAACUUUCCAAAUACAACAGUACAUUUUACCAGAACGUACCACUCGGCUGCUUCCUUGGCGUGGAACUGUCUGCGAGCGUCGGAAGUUCCCUGGAGAGUCGCCUCACAGAACAGAAACCACUCUGUUGCGGCCUCUGUUCGUGUCUAGGAGUAAGUUGUUUACAGAUUGACCGAUGUUCUACGACGUGGAGGUCGUCCCGUCCAAUGCCAGUUCCGGUCAACACUCGGACCAUCCGUAUGGGGAUAAGUAUGCCGCCCUGGCAUACAGAGACAAUUGUGGUCGUGUACAUUCACCCGGAAAUGCCACUAACGGCCGCUAGGGACUUUGUGGCUCAAAUUCACCAUCACGCGCCUUUGUUACACUAACAAAGGUCAAGGCCAUCCCUGUAAAUAGCAUUGUACGAUUACGUUAGGCUGAGAGUCAAAGUAUUAUUAUCUCUGAAAUAAUGGAUUGCAAUUUAAUGCAUGGACAUGCACUAUACCGGAUGUGGCCAGCUUUACUCCUUGCAUAAGAUGAAGUGUAUAUAGCGCCCUCUGGUGCCAGACUUUGUUGUCUUUACAAUUCGUGUCCAAUGGUUACUCCACGGACCUAGAUAAGUCCGUCGAUAUCCCAAGGUACACAGGAAGAUAUGGGGCAUCUUUAAUCACAUGCGCAUGGCUGUUAGAAAUUCACUGAAUGGGUUCCAGAUGCAUUGUGGUCCCCAAGCUUACGCAAGGAAUCCUGGGUAAGAUUACUCCAGAUGCUUGAUGGAACAAUUAAUUUCAUUUGAGACGAGAAAUGAAUCAAAGCGCGUUUGAUAAAACUUUGGAUUCAAAUAAGGCUGGACUACAUUAUCCUAUCCCUUGGCAUCGGAGAGGAGUGGGGGAAAAUUCGUUAUCUCAAGACAAUAACUCAUUUCAUAAUUUUCUUCCAUUGAUUUUCCGAGCCAAAGUGCUUGCAAAAGAGUACCGAUGCACGCACUGUUUACAAACUACAUACAUGUUUAUUAGUAUUUAGCGAUUAUUUGUACUCAUCGUGACGUCAUAUUUUAUGUCCAAGUGUUUAAUUAAGAAUUUUCCAUGUACACAGUGUAUUAUCUACUGAGAAGGGACGCCUUGUAUACUAGUACUCCUGAACUAGUGUCAACAAAUUAACAAUAGCGUCUCCGAGCGUUCCCAAAACGUCUUUGGAACGAUCAUAAGAUAUAUCAUUUAAUUCUGCCUUAUGUUUUAAUGACAUUACUGAUGGAUUUUUAUUAAGUGUUUAUAUGUUUAAAGCAAUAUUAAUAGUCUAUAUUCUAUGUCGUGUUAGAAGCAGUGUAAGGCAAGGCUGUGUCCGCUAGUAUUUGGAAGUGUUGAUUUGUUAUUGAAUACAUGCUGUGUACCUAUUUAUUUUAUUAUAGUAUUUGCUGUGUUUAGUGGCGAUAGAAUACAUGCUGUGUAAGUUAAUCUAUUAUGGAAUGUAUCAGAAUAAGUAAAUAUUAUAUAAUGUCGUGAUCAGUCGUCCGCCAUACAAUGUAAUCUGUAUCUCGUAAGAACAAUGACCCGGUUUAUAUUAUAUUAACCUUGGGGACCAGAACAAUUCUUUAUCGAAAUGGGCUCGGCACUCAGUAGAGACCGAAGUUAAGAUUUGUUUCAGAUUAUUUAAUAUCAUAUGUACGUACCAAAAGCAAUCCCUUGUACAGUAGACACCUAUUUUGUUUUCCUAAUUUUAUAAAAAUUGUUUCCCUGAACAUGGUAUAAAGAAAAUUACACAUUGUGAAGGCUCAGUGCCACGAUGUUUGGUACAUGAAUUAAUACUAUAAACAAAUGUUUGAUGAAAUAAAAUAUGUGAAAAUAAACAAAGAACUGAGCUACAGGAACCCCUGAACUAAUCCCAGGCCCAUAUUUAUUAAUGAGCAACGUUGUUCCAAUUGAUCAAUAUUUAGCUAAACUUACAUCGGAUAACCUAGAUAUUGCAUAACAGACAUUCGAAAUUUUGACUGGCAGACAGACUUCUCUCCGUCAGGGUGUCUAACGUUUGGUGGUGGGGUCAGAGGAAAAUCGGAGUUUUAUCAAAUGACAUGUCCUGGCAUUGAAUAACAUGUUCAUGUUAAUGAAUUUAAGGCCAUGACCCCAUAAUGCUGUGAAGGUCAUGACUCCAUAAUGCUUUAAUUACCGGGUAUUUUCAGGAAUCUGCAGAUGUUUAUGCGGUGCCAUUUUUGGUGUCCACGUAUUACUUGUGUAGUGUAGCUCGUCAUGAUCAGCCAUCAUUGAAUCAUGUAAUUUUGGCGGGUUAUAUGAUGUAUUUUGCGGGAUAUAGUUUGUAUUUUGGCAGGAUAUAGUUCCCAUUUCUUUUGGCGGAAGGAUAUAUAGUAUUAUUUUGUCAGGAUGUCGUUCCCAUCUCUGGCGGAAGGAUCUAGUAUGUAUUGUUUCGGUGGUCAGCAUUAGUUACGAUACAUAAGCAUAGUCUAUAAAUAUAAAUUACAUUAUUAUUUUAUUGAACAAAACUCUUAAACUAAUGUACAAAUAAAAUACAAAUGAAAUAAGACUUAAAUUACAAUAAUUAUAUCCAUUUACAUGACAUAGGGCCUGAUCAGUAUUUUUGUAUCCAAUGAUCAUUAUAUCUAGGCUAUGCAACUACCAGGUGGGGUGAUAUAUAAACCCUGUCGAUUAGCGUCAACUCAUAUCACCUCUUCUGUAAAUUCAUAUCAUGUUUCUGUAUUUUGGUCAUUAUUGCAAUAAAUACUAAAGAUUUC